AUAAUCUAUUACUUUAUGUACUUGAUUACCUAUUAAGUGGUUAUAACUUAUUAACUUAAAUUAUUGAAAAUAAUAUUGUACGCCAACUUAAUUUAGUAGUAAUUAAUUAAUUAAAUGAAAAUGUAUGAAUUAUAUGUUAAGUUAAUAUCUCUUUCAGCAGGAUGUGCAUCAUCUAUGUUAAUGUUAACACCUUUAUUAGUAUGUAGAGAUAUAAUUCAAAAGAAAUCAUCUGACCAUGUAAAAGUUGGUACAUUUACAGGAGCCUUUUUUAGGAGUUCCUUAUUUUUUCGGCAAGGUCAACUUCUUAAUUUACAAACAGUAAUGUAUGUUCAUGGAAUGGGUCUAAUACUCAAUUUUUUAUACAUAUCGCUCUACUAUUUUUACUCGAGUAAAAAGAAUGAAGUUAUUAAAAAUGUUUUUAAUAUCAUAAGCAUAAGUUUUAUUUUAAUAUUAUACUCUGUAUUUGAAUCAAAAGAAGUAGUUUCAAUUCGUUAUCCAUCUAUAGUAUCAGUUAUUCACAUAUUGAUUAUUGCUUGGCCUUUAUUAUCAUUGGUAAGUUUGACUUUUGUAUUUAUUUCUCACAAUUAAGUCUGGUAAAUUAUA